UCUAUAUAUACACACUGCGCUUUCCCCUGCUUUUCUCGCCGCUUCUCCUAAUGCAUUUCGGCGAAGCUACAUCGCAACGUCCCCACUUUCCGAAAUCGGCAAUUUCCCCGAACCUAUAUUCUACUCUUACAUUUUUGAAAAGCCAUACAUAAAUAAACAGCAUUUAAUCUUUGAAUACUUAAGAAAUAAAGGCUAUCGGAGGUCUGUUUUUUCAGUUACUGAACUUGUAUGACGAGCGCGUCGGAGCUAUUCUACAACAGGAGGUCUCGUUUUGGCCGGAGUUCAAGCCCUUUAGAGUUGGUUCCGGAAUUCGAUUCCACAACCUCUCUUGGUCGGAGCAAUCGCCACCACCACCGCCACCCAAAUAAUCACCACCAUCCCAAUUCAGGCGGCCACGAUCGGCUGGAUAAUGAGGGGUGCAAUCCGUUGCGACGCCCUCCGCGUCAGUCUCGACACGCGCCUUCUAAUCGUCCUUCGCAUCCACCUCAAGAAAGUGAAUCGAUUUGGUUUGAUAGAGGGAUCCACCAUUCUGCUCCUGGAAAUGUUACUAGUAGGAACAGCCGGCUUCCUGGAUCUGUACUACUUGCAAGAGAAAGGCUUCUGCAAAGGUUGAGAGGUGUCACUCUGUCUGGAAACAGGCUAGUUGAUGGUGGAGAUUGGGAAACUGAUAUUUCAGGGGAUUGGCUGGCUGCACUUCCCUCUUCCACUGAUUCCGUGAUGCAGAAAAGACCUCCUGGACUCACUCAAGAGGCGUUGAACAGUUUGCAGCUCAAUAAAUUCAGUGCUAGAGAUGAAGGUGACAAACAGGCUAUAUCUAGGGCAUUGAGGGAGUGUUGCAAUUGCCUAGAGAGCUUUUCAAUGGGAGAUGAGCUGAUAUGCUUGCCUUGUGGACAUAGGUUUCAUUUUUGCUGCUUGGAACCCUGGCUGCGCACGUGCGGGGACUGUCCAUAUUGUCGUAGGGAUGUAGUUGUAACUACCGAUGAGGUUAAAGCCCCGAACUUUUAGAUGUUUGAAUGGCUUUCGUCAUCGGUCUGAGUUUUUCCUUGCUAGAAUUCGAAUAUUUUCUUAAGAAUUCUACAAAAUAUGUUCCUUUUGAUAAUAUAUAUGGUCGAAAUUUCAUUUGAGUUAAAAUCCUCGAUGUAUCUUUCUUUUGUCCAUCUAUAACAAUCCUAUGAGCUAUUUGUAAUGUGAAAGUUUCAAGUUACACGAUGAGUAUUUUUAGAAUUG